GUGGCCCACAGUCUACAGAUGACGUGGCUUUGCUUCAAAGGACUGGUGCGCCGACUCUGAAAGAGCUUUCUGCAGAAGAGUUGCUCGCAGAAGAUGAAGACGCAGAGGACCUGUUCGAACCUCUGGAGCCCCUCAAGGAGCCACUGAAUCCACAAGCAGGCUUGGCAGAGGGUCUCAGCCCAUGCGUGGUUGCUGGAUCUUGUCCUGAAGCCUGA